AACGAUAGCAUUGAGAAGGACAGUAAAAGAGGAAGUGUGAAAGGUUCUUUCGGAUUGUAGCCAAUCCUGCUAAACUACAGUAGUAAUGAAACGCGGGGGGUGGAUUGUGUCAGAUCGUCUCCACUGAUCAGUGUGAAGUGCGGGACUUCUUGGAAUUAUAAAGUGAAGAACGUGAUCAUGAUAUGACAUGGAAGUCGGAGAUCAGAAUGGCUACAGUAGAUCUGGUGGUUAAAUCAUCUUCAGCUGUGGAUGGAGCAGAACAUGAAGAUAAAGCACAGCUGAAGAUCAGGAAAGCAGAGCAACUCUCACAUCAGGUGGCUGGACAUAAACACGGCAUCGAUAAAGUCGGUAUACUACAGGACUGUGAUGGCACUGUACUAAAACAGCUGCAGCCUCCUCCCAGAGGCCAGUGUGAGCUGCACUUUUACACUCAGGUGUUUUCUCAGCAAUGCACAGACCCCCAGAUACUGGCCCUACAACAACACCUGCCCAAAUACUAUGGUACAUGGGUAUCAUUAGAGAAGCCAAACGAGCUGUAUCUGAAACUGGAAGAUGUGACAAGGACGUUUUUACAGCCAUGCAUCAUGGACGUGAAGAUGGGGAGAAAAAACUAUGACCCAUUUGCAUCAGAGCAGAAGCGAGAAAAGCAAAUUAAGAAAUAUCCCCUAAUGGAGGAAAUUGGAUUUCUGAUUCUAGGAAUGAGGGUUUACGAGGUAACUUCAGGGAGCUAUAUCUGUCAUGAGAAGCAUUAUGGACACAGCCUGACAAAGGACACACUCAAAACUGGCUUGGCUCGAUUCUUUCAUAAUGGAAAGGAGCUAAGGAAAGAUGCCAUCUCUCUCAGCAUCCAUAAAAUCUAUAACAUCCUGCACUGGUUUGAGAGCCAGAAGCAGCUGCACUUCUACGCUAGCUCUCUGUUGUUUGUGUAUGAAGGAUCUCCUCACUUAGCCAAUGCACAUAAGCAAAGUGAAAUUCAGACGAGACAGGAACAUAGACAAACCGAGCCAGAAAAAGAUAAUUACAUUAACAUCCCACACUCGAAAUUUCUGGACCGUAACUGCAGUAUUGCCACUUCAAAAACCAGCCAGGGGAAGAUUAACUGUACUGACCUUCCUCAGGACAUUCACCAUGUGAGGCAAGUGAAUGAGAUUAGGUCUCAGUCUCUACAUCAAAACUCAGAUCAGGCUAAUGGAGAGAGGGCUGAGUCUGAGAGAAUGACAGCAGGUGAUGGAAAGAGCACAGGGUUCUCAGGAGAAAGGUCAGAUAGUGAGAGAAAGGAUGAUGUAGAGGUCAGGAUGAUUGACUUUGCCCAUGUAUUUCCCAGUGACAGCCCAGAUGAGGGUUAUAUACAUGGGUUAAGGAACCUUCUCUUUUUGUUGGAGCAGAUCCUUCAAGAUUGACUUUCCUCUGCCUACAAUGAUCUCAAUUCUUUAAACCUGGAAGACUUUUGCUGCAAAAGGAUGAAUCAAAAGGAAGUGAGAAGGAAACACUGUGCUUAACAUUAUUACUAUUUUGGAUAGUAAAAUCUUUGAAUGAUCCUACUAAAUACACUAUUAAGUGUAAUGCAUCUCACUUUAAUAGUGUGGAAUCAUAUUAAACUGUGACUAUAAAUAUUUGAAAUACUUGUUAAGUAACAUAAUUUGAUAAGGAAGAUAAAUGUGAUAGGUCAGACAUAAAGUGUAGCAGGUUGCUGGUAGUCAAAGUCUGUGUGGGACUUUUAUAAGUCUUGCACUUACAUGUAAACACUGGCUUUGUUUAUAACGUGUCCUCACAUACUAAAUACAGACAAUGAUUUUUCCUAGUUAUGUCAGCUAGUAGGUAAAAUUGUAAAUGGAGUAAAAAAUCCAUUGGGAUUUAGACAUAGCAUCUAAACAGUGCGAAGCUACAGAAAUUGCCUGAUGGCAGGUCCUGGCUCUGAAAUCUACUUCAUCUAAUUUUCACUGUUAAUUACUUUAUUAUUUGUUUGAGUGGUACAUAAAGACAAUCCACAGUUUGCAUUCCUAAUCUUUUGUAGAUGUUGUUAAAUCUAUGAGAUGUUUGAAAUGGUUUAUUUUCCACCUUUAUAUUAUAUGUGACAUAAUCUGUGCAGUUCAACUGAAAAAACAAACUGGAAUCAUUUAGAGGAAAAAAAACUCAUGUUAAAUAGUAGUCAAUUAUAGUAGUAGUAGUAGUUAAUUAUAAGCACUCUGAUUAAGCCUGGGCGGCACAGUGGCUCAGUGGGGACUGUCGUCUAACAGCAAGAAAGUCCUGGGUUCAACCCAGGGGUGGUUCUGGUCCUUUCUGUGUGGAGUUUGCAUGUUCUCCCUGUGUCUAUGUGGGUUUCCUCCCACAGUCCAAAAACAUGCAAGUGAGGUGAAUUAAAAAUACAAAAUAUGUCCAGGACUGUGUUUGACAUUAAACUUGUAAACUAAUGAAUCUUGUGUAACCAGUAACUACCUGUUCUGUCAUGAAUGUAACCAAAGUGUGUACAACAUGACGUUAAAAUCCUAAUAAAUAAAUAAAUAAAUAAAUAAAUGAAGCCCAUAGAAA